GGGCAAAUGCGCCAUUUUGGCUCAAACAGUCGGAAUUUACUUUCUUUGCUAUUUAUUAUUUUUUUCAGCAUGCUACGAACGUCGCUUAAUCUUUUUGUUAAUGGUUGGGAUGAGAUCAUGUUUCACCACAUUCUGUAUUUGGUGUUUUGUUUCCUAUGAGAACAAGUAUAACGUUCUGGUAGCAUUAGCCUCACCAAGCUACAUGCUAGUUAGCUGUGUCGUUCGAUUGCCAACAACACUGGCUGAUGGUUAGCUUGCUAGCUAUAUUUAGCUGUUUUGACUUGUUAGCUCGCUAGAUAUGGGUGGGUGCUCCGCUCCAAAUUGCUCAAACUCAACAACAAUUGGGAAGCAACUGUUUCGUUUUCCAAAAGAGCCUAUACGUAAGAAGAAAUGGCUUGUAAACUGCCGGCGUAAUUUUUUACCAACUCCACAUUCCAGACUGUGUCAGGACCAUUUUGAGCUGAGUCAGUUUGAAGAAAUCGCCAGGUCGCCAGCAGGGGGAAAGAAGCUGAAACCAAAUGCCGUCCCCACUCUUUUCAAUGUGCGAGAUCCACCUUAUCCCGUAACCCCACAGAUAGUGCUACCACUCAAGCCAGAGCCAGUGGAGAGGGAUCUCAAUGUGGGGGAUCAUGGCUACGCACGACGGCAAACAACUCUGGGCAUGGAGGAAGAUGAUGCUGAUGAACUACACAAGGCAGAGGAACGUCCCUGCAUCCAUUGUCAACAUUACAGAACACUGCUGGAACAAGAAAUGCAACACACAGCCAGAUUACAGAAAGAGGUAGAGGAAAUGAAAAAGCGGAUGUUCAGACUGGACAGAAUAGAGAGGGGCCUCCAGACAUUUCUGUAUGAAGACCAGAUCCGCGCCCUGACACUGACCAAGCGUUCCCGGAGAGCUGUGUGGUCCCACGAGACAGUGCUGAAGGCCCGUAAGAUUCGAUGUGCGGUCGGUGGCAAGGGUUAUGAAUUCCUCCGGGAGUUAGGCUACCCCCUGCCAUCUUAUAGAACUUUAUGCAACCGCCUGGAUAACAAAAUCAUGGUGACGACAGCCAUGGGGUGUGAUGAGCUGGCAGAGCUAGGUCUAGGAAUCAUAUCCACAUGUGAUAGUCCAGAGGGAGAUGGGGACGAUGAGGCUUUCAUUGGAGUGAUCUCAUGAAAGAGAGAUUUUACAUUUAUUUAUUUAUUUAUUUCAAUGUGUUUCAUUUUGAAAGAAUGCAAUGCAAAAUUACAGGACAAUAGAGCAAAGACUGACUGUAUGACAGCUAGUAGGCCUAUGUGGUGGAGAAAAUGUGGAAGCAUAUGCACAAUGGGAGAUGUGUGUGUUAAUGCAGGGGUGUCAAACAUACGGCCCGGGGGGGUUUGAGGAAAAAUAAGUAUAUAGUUUUUAAAUAGUUGGGGGGAACAAACUACAUAUACUUUAAAAUGACUAAAACCAAUUUUAAAUUAUUAUAAAGGACCUUUACAUUCAUACAGUUUUAUGACUGUCUAGCUCGCUAAUAAAAAACAAACAAAUUAAAGCUAGAUAGUUAGGGAGCAUUGACAAUUCCAAAAAUGAUGGAUUGAGGACAAUGUUAGCAAAUUUUGACGCUAUAUCAAAUUUUCAGUGCGGCCCACCAAGCCAUGAUGAAGACCGGAUGUGGCUCCCAGGACAAAAUGAGAAACCAAGUCCAAAACCAAGAACACGUUUUGAAGGGAUACUUCAGGACACAGAGACGAACUUAUGGAUACCAUUUGUAUAUCUGACUCUGGGGAAGUAGAUAAAGGGCCAGGAUUUUGACAUUCUUGGUUUCGGACUUGGUUUCACAAGUAGUUUUCAGAAUGGUUUACUUCUGCUAAAGAAUUAGGUGUUUAUUUUGGGUAGGAAACAUAACCUCCAUCAAAACAAUAAAGAGCAGCAGUCAUCUGCCUAAUGCUUUUAAGCUGCAAUAUCAAGCCAUCUUUCUGUGCUUUCUUUGCCCCCCCAUUGUCACUUAUGUUAAGUGGACAAAUUGGAGGAGUAGGUUGUAUUUUGUCAUGGGAAUCAGUUUAGCUGCAUUUGGAAACUGCAGUGCAGUGUACAGCCUUUGGAGAACUGUGGUGCCUGCAUUGUAUACUGGCUGCGUCCCCUGAACUCAGGCUGAAUAACCUGAGGCUUAUUUUGUUACAAUCACUAAUGGGAUAUUUGCUAGAAAGCAGAACCUCUUGGUGGGAGGAGUUUUGUAGACAACAUACUAAAGGGGCACACGAGCAUACUCUGAUUGAUCAAAACAACGGUACUGUAGAAGAAGAAUAAAUAAAUAUUUUAAGUAG